UUAGACGAUCGCUCUAGGCUGUGGUUCUGAGUUUUGAGCUGAGUGGGUAUCUGAUUGAGUGAGUCGUGGAGCUUGUUGGUUGUGUGUGACUUCAAGGCGUGAUUUUUUGGGACCCGUGAUGUGGGGGAGCGUGUAGUCGAGCCGAACGAUUUGCUGUACUGCACGGGGAUGGAUUCUAUGGGGCGGGGUCUUGCUGGUUUUUUUUUUGUUCUUAGUUGUGCUCAUAGUAGAUUUGCUUUCGAUUCGGAUGUGGGAACUAUCGUGCAUAGGUUCCGGACAGCGUUUUCGUGCAGGCGUAUAGUGGUAUGAGACGAAGGGCUAAUACGGCGGCCCCCAGUCGGAACUUCCUUAUUGGCCCUGCUUUGGUGAAUGUUAUCUUGUGUAGAGCAUGAAUUACGUACCUCGAGUUAAGAUAGCGAGAGACCGAGUAGAGAAUGGGAGGAGGACCUCGGGAGGUGGAAAUUUGGUGAAAUAGUAUAUAGGACUGUAUAGCUAGCAUUAUUAUUUGCAGUGGUGUGGGAGACGAGGGGUUAUUUUCUUCUGGGAAAGAUUUUUGUGCUGUUUUGGUUCUGUUCACGGUCUGUACAUCUCACGAGGGAAGCAUUUACAUGUGAAAUCUGAUAACUACAUUUGGUGAACAACAUGUAUUUCUAUUUGUUAAUUCACCUUAACGCUUUUGGUGGAGAACUUGUGGAGUAGAUCUUACUGCGGCUGCUGGUGGAGUAGAAUACUUAGAAACAAGUUUCGUAAUAACUGAUGGUAUUGUAUAAACAGUAUCACUAUCAUACUAUACUCCACCGCAUAGGGAGGCAUACCCACCAACAUAAUCUUGGCUUUGCAGGCUGAAAUCAGUGUUAAAGCGACUAAAUAACUUCUGAUGGGAUAAGUUGCUCGCAGCUAGGUUGAGUGACAUAAGCUUUGGAUGCUGCUUAAUGUCGAGCAAGUUAUAGUUUGAAGUAGUGAUGAAUGGGCCAUUUGUAUUGUACAGACCGCUAAUAACAACACGGGAUGGAUUUUGUUGUAGACCUAUCUCGUGAUAGUUGACCUAAAGCCAUGAUAUACCGUGAAGACCUCUCUGAAUGACUGCAAGUAAAACUAAUGCUUUGAAAACUCUCGACUUUUGACAGUGGUGCAUCUAUUGUUUUGCUUUAUUCAAUCUUUCAAAUGACAUAUGUUAUGUGAUUUAAGUAUCAGUUCUUUGUCUUUGUCUCCCUUGUUUUCUUGUUCUGUAAUAUAACUUGUCAUGUUUCAUAUCUCGACAGUCUGAUUCUGCUUUGGGCUUCGGGGGAGGCAACAACUUUAGAAUUUUUGGGGUAAACUUCGAGUGAGAUCUAACAUGACGAAGGAUAGAAGAGAUAGGUCUGUAUCUUCUGAUAGGUUCAGAGCGUCUCCACUUCGGUGUAGCUCCAGUCGACCGAAGCGGCCCUUCCCAAAAAUCCCUUCUGAAACCGAGGAAAACAUUAAAGAAUGGGAAGACGCAAGGUGUCCUGUCUGCAUGGAACACCCUCAUAAUGCGGUUCUCCUCAUUUGUGCAUCUCAUGAUAAGGGUUGUCGUCCAUACAUGUGUGACACAAGUUAUAGACAUUCAAACUGUCUUGACCAGUUCCGCAAGUCAUUUGCAGCGACUUCAUCAGCAGUACCUCAGCAAGAGAUAAAUCUGUCUGUAGAUGCAAACUUAUCCCCCGUUGCAACAUCGGACUCAACUAUUGUCGAUGCUGAAGAAAUUAUAGAGAGGCCUGCAACUGUUUCCUUGGAGACCCAGGUCCAAUCAGAUGGACCUGGGACAUCUUCCGAGAAACCAGGGCUGUCAAAACUGGUUUGUCCGCUCUGCCGUGGGCAUAUAAAAGAAUGGAUCAUCGAGGAACCAGCACGUCGCUUUAUGAAUGCAAAAUGCAGAAGCUGUGCUUGCGAGACUUGUGACUUUACGGGCUCUUACAGAGAUCUCAGGAAGCAUGCUCGGCUUGAGCAUCCUCUUGUGCGACCAUCUGAGGCUGAUCCGGAAAGGCAACGUAAUUGGAGAAGGUUGGAGCGACAGAGGGAUAUUGGCGACUUGAUCAGCACUCUCCAAUCGUCUUUUAGUGAAGAUAGGAAUGACGAAGAUGCCAUCUUGCCCAUGGAGGACAGGGGGUGGCUGACUGUGUUUUUCCUUAUAAGGGUGUUCCAACCCAGUUCAAGGUCUAGGAGCAGCAGCUGGUCUGGCGCCUCAGGGACCAGGGCUCGCCUGACUUUCAGACGAAGAUCGACCAGAUUGUGGGGUGAGAGCUAUGAUGGGGACAUCUCUCUAUCUUCAUCAAUGGAUGAGGAUAAUGAUUCAUCAGAUGGUGGCUCAAUUACUCGGAGGAGGCGGGAGCGCUUGCGGCGGCGGUCAACACCUAAUAACGAGCCUUGAUUCUCAAGUUUCGGAUCGUAUGUUUUGAAGUUUGCUUUCGGAUCUGGCGAUUGUAGGUUGAAGAAGAGGACUACAAAGAAACUCUCUUUUGGCUGGGUCUCCGAUUUUCUUCGUUGACAGUGGAAUAGUAAGGUUGGCCUCAUUGAAAGGGGUGGACAUAUUGUGAGACAUCUUUGAUGUCCUUGUAAUAUAAAUACAUUCUCUGUUUGCUCUUUGAACACUUGAUGCUGCGAUUAUUUACUUGUUUCUUAAAACGGGGGUGCAAAAUAAUCUUGCUACCGAGCUUUUGGGGCUCUUGAAACUUCA